GCCGCGCUCGCCAGCCUCGUCGGGGCGCGGCUCCCGGCGCCGCAACCAAUGGAUCUCCUCCUCUGUUUAAAUAGACUUGCGGUGUCAAUCAUUUUCUUCUUCGUCAGCCUCCCUUCAACCGCCAUAUUGGGCAACUAAAAAAAGGGGGCUCGUCUUUUCGGGGUGUUUUUCUUCCCCUCCCUGCUCCCCACGUUCUCGCCGCUCCACGGCUCGGACGCCGGCAAGGUUUGGACAGGCGCUCGGGGCGCGGGACCCGCGGGCUUGCAGCGGCCCGGACCCGGACUGGCUCUGCCGCCCCCUCCGCGCCGCUGCGCUCCCCGCCCUCCCGCUCGCCCGUCCGCUUGAGCGGCGGCCGCUCGCCGCUGCCUGGCCGGGGCUCCCCUCGCCCCCUCCCCCAGCCCGGCGCGCUCCUGACGCUCGGGCGCUCUCUCGGGGGUGUUUGUUGCUCUCCGCUCCGAGGGCAGUCGCGGGGCUCGUAAGAGGGGUCCGGGCCGGGUCGGGGCGUCUUGUUUUGUUCGGUUGUGUUUCCCGAGAGCGGCGGUCGUCAAGACCCGGGAGGAAGAUGUCAAACGUGCGAGUGUCUAACGGGAGCCCGAGCCUGGAGCGGAUGGACGCCAGACAGGCGGAGUACCCCAAGCCGUCCGCCUGCAGAAACCUCUUCGGCCCGGUGAAUCACGAGGAGUUGACCCGGGACUUGGAGAAGCACUGCCGAGACAUGGAAGAGGCCAGCCAGCGCAAGUGGAAUUUUGAUUUCCAGAAUCACAAGCCCCUGGAGGGCAAAUACGAGUGGCAGGAGGUGGAAAAGGGCAGCUUGCCCGAGUUCUACUACAGACCCCCGCGGCCACCCAAAGGCGCCUGCAAGGUGCCGGCGCAGGAGAGCCAGGAUGUCAGCGCGAACCGCCAGGCGGUGCCUUUAAUCGGGUCUCAGGCAAACUCAGAGGACACGCAUUUGGUAGACCCAAAGACUGAUGCGUCCGACAGCCCGACGGGCUUAGCGGAGCCGUGCACUGGGAUCAGGAAGCGGCCUGCCGCCGACGAUUCCUCUCCUCAAAACAAAAGAGCCAACAGAACAGAAGAAAAUGUUUCAGACGGUUCCCCGAACGCGGGCUCAGUGGAGCAGACGCCCAAGAAGCCGGGCCUCAGAAGACGCCAAACGUAAACUGCUCGAAUUGAGUAUGUUUCCUUGUUUAUCAGAUACUUCACUGCUUGAUGAAGCAAGGAAGAUAUAAAUUGAAAAAUUUAAAUACAUAUCGCUGACUGAAUGGACAUCUUAUAUAAGCACUGAAAAGCAACAACACAAUAACACUAAAAGUUUAGGCACUCUUAAAUGAUCUGCCUCUAAAAGCAUUGGAUGUAGCAUUGUGCAAUUAGGUUUUUCCUUAUUUGCUUCAUUGUACUACCUGUGUAUAUAGUUUUUACCUUUUAUGUAGCACAUAAACUUUGGGGAAGGGAGGGCAGGGUGGGGCUGAGGAAUUGGCAUGGGGGGUAUGAAGAGCUUGCUUCGAUUUAGAGCAAGGAGAAAAAUAUUUGACUUGCAUGAAGAGAAGCAGUUUUGGGGAAGGGUUUAAUUGUUUUCUUUAAAGAUGUAAUGUCCCUUUCAGUAAGAACUGAUACUUCAUUUUAAAAAUCAUCCAAAUUUCAACACUGGCUACAAGUAACUGCUAUUUAUUUUUACAUGAAGCUUAUUCUCAUUUGGGAGCUGUGAUGAUUCCGUUAGGUAGCAGCAAAUGGCUCUUUUUUUUUAACCAACAACAACAACAAACUAUCCUUCUCAGUGCUCCCCCCAAGUCCCUGUUAAAAUUGUAAUUUACCAGUUAAUUGUUCACCAGUUAGGUCAUCCCUCCAGGUAAUUCUGGACAAAAAUUUGGGGUGUAUGGGGGAAGUUCUGCAUGCUCAAAAUUGACCAGCUAAUUUUUAUCAGAUUCGUUGGAAAAAUUUCUUAAUUUUCUUUUUAUUUUGGGCUUAGUAGACACAGUCAAAAUAAUUCUAAAUCCUUGGAUAUUUUUUAAAAGUAUAAGUAACUUCACAUUAAAAAAAUGAAAUAAUUUUUAAUUUAAAACUUCUCAUUCUGUUUAUUUGCCCAAAAGAAAGUGGUGUUUUUAAAGGAAAGUGCGUGUAGAGAAAAGUACAUUCGUGGGUUAAGUGAAAUGGAUAUGACAUCUUUAAACAGUAUUUUACAUUGCCUGUGUAUGUGUAUGAAACAGAACCAUUUGAAGUGUACCUGUGUACAUAACUCUGUAAAGACACUGAAAAUUAUACUAACUUAUUUAUGUUAAAAAGAGAUUUUUUUUUUUUUAAUCUAGACCAUAUACAAGCCAAAGUGGCAUGUUCUGUGCAUUUGUAAAUGCUGUAUUGGGUAGAAUAGGUUUUUUUCCCUUCUUGUUAAGUAAUAUGGCUGUGCUUAAAAGGUUGCAUACUGAGCCAAGUAUAAUUUUUUGUAAUGUGUGAAAAAGAUGCCAAUUAUUGUUACCCAUCAAACAAUCAAUAAAGAAAACUUCCAUAGCUAUUCA